AUGAAGGUUACUGCUCUCCUCUUCACCCUUAUGGCUGCCACUGCCGUCAGUGCUUCAGUCUUGGAAACACGAGACACCUGCGGAAGCGGCUAUGGUGUUGACCAAAGACGUACAAACAGCCCUUGCCAGUCAUCCAACGGAGACAGACACUUCUGCGGUUGUGACAGGACCGGUGUUGUCGAGUGCAAAGGUGGAAAGUGGACAGAGGUUCAAGAUUGUGGCAGAGGUUCUUGCCGCGGUGGUACCCAGGGGGGAGCCAAAUGUUAG